CCGAAACACCGGAAUAUUAGUCACCUUAUGCGGAUAGGUCUUUGCACAGUACCAUAACGUAUUUGAUGUCUAUAAUUGCUCCGGGACUAAGCUGCGCUAGAUAAAUAUUUAUUCGCCGGGUAAUGGACAAAUUCCGGAGAGGGAAGGCAUACUAGUGUCGUAUGGUGCUACCGGUAGGAGGGGGGAGGGUUGGUGAGUUAAGACACUAGUCUACCCUUCCCCAUGGCCCUCAGUCUUUCGGCGACUCCAGCCAGCGCAUCAACCAAUCCCAAUUCCACAUCAACCACAAAUUUGACCCAGAAACCAUGCUGACCGGUGGUAGCGCAACAAGAUUCCGGAGGGUAAAUAAUAAAAAGGAAAAAAAGGGAGGGAAAAAAAGAAAGGGAGAAACCACCGGUAUUCCCUAGAAAGCCUUCCCAACCGGCGGCCGAGCAACCACCAUGGACGACAAGCGCCGGUAGCACCAUACUGGACUCGAGUAGCCAGCCGUAUGGGAAGAGAGACUGCAUUUUGGCAAGUUCGGAGAUCUGAAUCGGGUAUCGGAAGCAAGCGAACAACAUCCCUGCAGUACACAUGAGACGUUGGACAUGCAUCCCGGUUCAGCAACUGUCCCAGGUGGAUGGGUGUUUAAGGUGUCCUUGGCUAUGGGCAUGCGGUCAGAGGAUUACUGGUACUGGUACAUAGGGCGGGAGAAAGGGUGGAAAAAGAAAAGACGAGUCGGAGACUUGGAAGGAGUGCGAGGUGAGAAGUAGGAGGGAAAAAAAACAAAGUAUCCAGCGAAUGCCGUUUAACCCAUAUCAAACUAUCGUGCGUUUUCCUUAUUUUUUUCACAUCAGAUUUCCGUUCGGAUCGCCCCAAGACUCUCCUAACAAUCUGCUCCCAGUUCUUUUAGCACCCCUUCCCAUUUACCCCUCUGGGCCCCACACUCGAUGGCGAAGACCGGUAAUGUGUAUAUAUAUGUACUCGAGCUCCCCCCUCAGAUAUAGGGGAGAUGGGAUAAAGAGAAAAAGGUGGAAGAGGGAAGAGAGAAAAGAGGAUAGUGAUAUCUCGUUCUUGCUCUUUUCGAAGCGAACAAAAGCCCCCCACUCUUCAGGAAACUCGAACAAUCACGCGACCACGAUAACCUGCCAACAAAUCUGAAUCCAGCGUGUCCCAUCCUGAAUCCGCCGAAUCUACGGCUUCCUUAUACUCCUUCCUUUUUUUUGUAGGAGAAAAAAAUAUAGAGGGAGAGGGAGGGAGCGAGGCAGAAAGGCUGGGACAAGAAUUGUUUUGUCUUUUUUUUUUUAAAAAAAAAAGUAACAGCCCUCGAAAAAUACGCUUUUCACGCGCACUCGACAGCCCGCCAUGUCGGUAUCCAGCUCUGUGACCAGUUCUCCAGCUCCCUCCCAAGUCGGCCUGGGAGCUGCGUCACCAUCAUCAAACUGCCCUUGCACUCGCAACCAGAAUAAAAACCAUGCCAACAGCAACAGGAAUUCUUUCACUGACUCAAUCAUGGCAGCUUCGGUGAGAGAAAAGCUGAAGCUUGCCUCCCCGUCACCACCGUCUCUUACCGAUUCUAGAUACACCUUUUAUUCUCUCCGUGAGCUCCCACCACUCGAGGUCACUUCACGCCUUGUCUCCGCUUUCGUCCGUGGGACGGGUUCCAUGAUCUAUGUUCUCGCGGAGUACGAAGCUAUGGAGCUCAUUAGUGACAUCUACACCCCCGAUUCAGAGCCCACCACUGCUAAGCUUUGUGAAUUGCUAGCCAUUGUUGCCGUGGGUGCCCAGUAUGAAGAUGUUGGGAGCGAUACCACUAUGGCUCUGUUCAGGAGUGCGAAGUGGUACCUGGACAUCGAGUAUGGCAAGGAUGUGCAUGUGCUGAAAAAAAUGAGAGUAUCAAUGCUUGUUGGAUUAUUCCUGAUCUUUGAGAAAUCCUUCUUUGCCGUUGAUUAUUUGGGUAUGAGAUGACUACCCACUCCUCCCCGGUUACUACUGUAUUCCUUGGUUGGGCUCAGUUUCUAAUUCCCUUUCUUAAUCACCCGCAGAUCAAGCGAUUCGACUGGCAAAAUCCACUGGGAUUAAUAGAACGACGAGGUGCAAACCCUACAGCGACCGGGAAUGGGCUUCUUGGAGGAGGGUAUGGAGGUCUCUGAUAUAUCUAGAUGGGUGUGUGGGCCUUUCUUAUUUUACAUUUCACAAUACUUUGAUUUUUAUCUUUUUUCUCCCGUCCUUGUCUCUAUGCGGGGCCAGAAGCAAAAGCAAGUAGAGAGGGGCAGUUGGGGUGUUUCUGAGGGCUAACAGAGGCACUACCGGCCUCGGCAAACAGUUGGAUGGCAUCCAGUAUAGGGAUAAUGCCUAAGAUUUCUCCUGAAGAGGAUCCUAUACAUGCUGAGGUAAGAAAUCCUCAUUGUUACUGUAUUCAUUUCUGUCACAAGGGGCUCUCUGGGCCCCUCCGGGCCCCUCCGCGGAAGGCGCUCUCUUACAAAUUUUUUUUUCCACUUUUUUGUCUGAUGCAGUGUAAAUGUGUGAGCUGCAGGGUUAUCGAACCUGCACCAAUGAUUUCGACGCAUAUCUUCACUCGGAGUUGAUCAAGCUCGGCAUCUUAAUGGGCAUGAUCACAAAGAAUAUCUAUGCAACUGCGGCUACAGACUUUGCAUCCAUUGCCGAGCACUCAAAGAAGCUUAGGGCUUGGCGGUCCUCCCUCCCUGAAUCCUUCAGACUCACUCGGAGCGUUAGUGGAAACGAUUCCAAGCAGCGGUCUGCAGUGUUAUUGACGCAUUGCUCCUAUCUGAACUGCAUCGUUUUGAUGAGCCGAAAGGUUUUGGUUGAGAUGUGUGCACCGCAUGAUGCUCCUCCUGUGGACGAUGCGAGAAAGGGAUUAGCAGGUGAAUACGCCCAAAUGUGCGUUUCUGCCGGCAGGCAGCUUGCAACGGUUUUGAUCCCCAACCCAUGCGAUUGAUUUCACUAGCACAUAUGGUGUGCUGACUUGCUCCCAAGGUGAUAGGACUAAUAUAUUCAGAGGGGCGAUUGGUGCGGCGAUGCUGGCUUGCUAUGUAGGUGCUGGGAAAAAAAAACCGCUGUUCCGCCGGGUUUUGCUCAUUGCUGACUAAACAUUCUGAAUUUUUCCUGGAUAGUCAAUCUUCUUACACCGCCGGUUUGAUUGUUUCUCUUUGCUUGUCUACUCGACGAUGUCGGGAGACCACCAAUUUUGCUCUUAGCGGUCAGGAUAACGAGUUACUCUCCAAUUGCCUCCAGGCUCUCAAAUUCUGUGCCCUAUACGAUAAUGUGGCUCAGCGAUACCUGGACAUUCUGAAUUCCAUCCUCCGCUCUAUUGAGUCCGCUAGUCCCCCCUCAUCUUCGUCGUCCACAUCUUCCAGAGAGAGGCCUCCCUCAAAGCGUUUACGAACCUCUCCUGAUCACGAGUUCAGGCGGUUCCAGUAUCCACACUUCACAGAUACCGAUCCGGUGACCCGGUUCAUCAUUAACCUUUUACGGAAUCCGUUUGGGGGGGAAAUGCGUGUUCUGGAUGUGGAGAAUCCGCCCUUGAAGGUCUUACCUGAAAACUGGCGAUUUCUGUGCCCAGAACCUCCACACAACAUCGAGGGGUUUAGAACACCGUUUUUGGUUCCAGAGGAGGGCACUUUUCAGACGUCACGCCCGGGGUCAGCGCUCUCGGCGAGCUCUAGUACAGGUUCGGAUAGUCUUGGAAACUCGCGGAGAAGGAAGAUACCAUUCCACACCAAGGAGGAAUAUGAAGCUUUUUUCAGAAGGGUUGCUUAGUUCCUUUCCCCCUUUACCCUGACUUUUUCAAUUUUGGUGUGUGGGAGAUUUAUGGAAUAUGAUACCACGCUAAUUUGCGUGAUUAGGGGAUAUACUGCGGAGUGAAGCUAGGGGAGGCUGGGCUCGCUUUUCUUUUCUUUUUCCAGCUAUCUCAUGUUCUAUAGUCAGACUUAUACUUCGCUCUAUUCCUAUUGGUGUCUCUUUGGAUUCCCUGUCCAAAAUUCAAUCGUUUUAGUAGGGCAGUCUGAAUUAUGGUUUUCAUUUUACUAACAUCAUCGGUCUGGAGUGUUUUGUUUCUUUUGUGUUUUUCAUUGGGAAAGGGAUUUCAGAUUUGGGGUGUUUCAGGUAUCCUUUUUCAUAGAACUCGGCAUUGGGUCAGUUCUUGUAUUUUUCUUGCUUCCCUCCAUUAUACAGCACCGCAGGGUGAUGGUAAUGAUCUUGUGGCACUGUUCUCGAGUUAUGCUACGCUACCAUUAUAGGUCAUCGUACGGUUUGUUCGGCAUGUUGUUAUAUACGUCGCUGCGGGGCGCGAACGAGAUAGACUCAUGGUGGGGCACUCAUGCUCGCUACGAUGACUAUCUAUAGAAUAGGCUUGUCUGGGUCUUGUGCUGUUCUAUAGUAGGUAGGUAGGUAGGUGGGCGGAUGGGUGGGGGGGUGCUGUACUGUACUACGGAUCUACAGCUUAGUCCGAAGGUACUAGUAGUGCUUGCUGUGCCGCCCAUUGUACUCGGGUAUCGACCGGGGGGUAGUCUAUACGGGUCUCGGGGGAGUGAAGAAGCAUGAGAGUGAACGGUUGGAAUUGUCUUGGGCUUUAUUUUCAUUCGUUCUUUUGAGGGAGGUGUGUUAAUGCGUCCACAAAGUCUCACUCGAUACAUCCCGGUUUCUCCAAAAUUGUGACCCCCCUCUAUGAACUACUGUACAAUAACGUCAUAUCACACUUACCACCUCCUUCUCUACUACUAAUCAAAGUACCCAAAACGAAGACCGGGAUUUAAUUCCCUCCGCUGAGUCCCCGACUGCGACGACAAACUCGCCCUUCUCGACAACGUACCUGUUCCUCGUAUUCCAGACACCCAAUCCGGAGACGUCGAUGGGAAUACGCACUCUCUUCUCCUCGCCGGCGCGUAGGAAGACCUUGCGGAAGCCCUUGAGCUCCUUGUUCGGCGUGACGACUGAAGCGAUUUUAUCGGUGACGUACAACUGCACGACCUCCGCCCCAUCACGGGUAGAGUUGUUCCUAAUCUUCAGCUCUGCGGUCACAGUGUCUGAAGCGGUAACGUUGGCCUUAUCAAGGGUGACAUUCGAGAACUGGAAAGUACUGAAACUCUUGCCGUAGCCGAAGGGGUACAAUGGUAGUGGUGACGAGAGCACGUAGUGGUGCCCGAACACCAUCGUUCCAUUCUCGUACACUUGCCCCGGAGAAUUAAACCUGCCGCCCUUGAGGUUGUCGUAGUAUGAGGGCGAGGUGCCCACGUCCCGCGGGAAGGAGACUGAGAGCUUGCCGGAUGGGUUGUAGAUUCCGAAGAGCACGUCCGCGAGGGCGUUGCCACCCUGCUCGCUGGGGUAGAAUUGCUGCACUAGCGCGGCGGCAGAGGUGCUUAUCCAGGGUUCGGUUACAGGCUUGCCGCUAGAGAAGACAACUAUCGUGUUGUUGUUCACCGCGAGGAUUUCCCGGACCAGGUCUGCCUGUGCGCCGACGAGGUUUAGGUUGUGGAGGUCUACAUGUUCUCCUGUUCUAUUCCUUUUAGUUGGAUAGGGUUGGUGGGG